UCAAACUCCUGUUUUCCUAUCCAGAUCGGGUUUUUAAUACCGCUACGAAUGGGUACGGUAUCAACACGAAACAGAUAAAUUGCUUAAACAGGACAGAAUUUGGAGGAUGGGAGAUACACAUUACAGUAUUACACAUUUACACACCUACACCUUGAACUCUCUCGUCAAUCGUCACAAUUUCUACUGCAAAGUGUGAGUGAGAGAACUGAGAAUGAGUUGUGGAUGCAGAAUAGCCCAGCAUCUCAAAGACUGGGAUGGUUUUGGGUUCGGGAUUCCCUCUUUUACUUCUCCCAAUUUCAGAUUUUCUUCUUUGAUUAAACCCCAACUACAACAUUCUAAACCUCGAUUUCACAAAAUCCCAUCUUUUCAAUGGACCAAAACUUCAAUUACAACAAGAUUACUUACUACAAACUACCCUUCUUCUUCUUCUGCCAAUUCAUUCUCUUUCAUCAAUUGUCUUCAAUCUAAGUUUCCCCAUGAAAUUCCCACAUUCAACGAUUCCUCUUUCAGCCAGAAGGAAGAUGACCGCGAGCUUUCAUCUGAAGGGUUGUCAUCAAUAGCAGGAGGCAUAGUAGCAUUGGGGAAGUUUGAUGCCCUACACAUUGGUCAUCGGGAACUUGUAAUUCAAGCAUCUAAAGCUGGAGCUCCAUUUCUUUUGUCAUUUGCAGGGAUGGCAGAAGUGCUUGGUUGGGCACCUAGGUCUCCCAUUGUUGCAAAAUGUGACCGCCAUCGUAUUCUUUCUUCCUGGGCUCCAUUCUGUGGUAACGUUCCUCCUAAGGAGUUUCUGAUUGACUUUGCAAGUGUAAGGCAUCUUACUCCUCAGCAAUUUGUGGAGAAGUUGUCUAAGGAGCUUGGUGUCCGUGGAGUUGUAGCAGGUGAAAAUUAUAGGUUUGGGUAUAAAGCUGCUGGUGAUGCCUCUCAACUAGUGAGGUUAUGUGACGAGUAUGGAAUACAGGCUUAUAUAAUAAAUUCUGUCAUGGACAAAAAUCAAGACAUGGUUAAUUCAGCCAUAUCAGACAAGAAGGAAAGAGGUCAAGUCUCAUCUACACGUGUACGUUAUGCUCUUAGCAAAGGAGACAUAGGCUAUGUUUCUGAGCUAUUGGGUCGUCAGCAUCGCCUCAUAUUAUCAGCUGAAAAGAAGGAUGAGUUUGUUGGCUCUAGAAACCGUCUUUCUGCUUCUAAAUCCUAUUUAUUAAACCUACCACCGAAAGAGGGCUUGUAUGAUAACUGCUCCCUUAUAGUUGGUGAUGAAAAUCAGUUGCCAUGUAGGGUGCUCAUUGAUUCAACACAUAUCCAUCUAGAAUCAGAUGAAAAGGAUCUCUCUCUUCUUAACAAUCAUCACCUUUUGGGGAUUGAGUUUUGUAGCUGAAUAAAUAUUGACGACUAGAUAUUUGAUGCAUGUGCUAAAGAAGCUGAAGAUGAUACAAAGUCAAUGGAACAGGUACUUCAGGUGAAAGAAACCUGACCUGCAUCAGAAUUUCUCAUAUUGAUUUGCUGAUCUCAUGCUUGCCAUAUUUGGUCCCAACCUAAUGUUCUUGAAAGUGCUCCGAUGGAUAGGAUACGAUGUCUGGUACUAGUACGGUUUGGUUCUUGGAUAAUUGUCCUUCAAUUAGCAAUCAAACCUGCAUCUAUUCAAGGCUGAAGGUUUACGGUAGUUAUUGCUGCAGCAUGCUAAUUUUACAACAUACUACUCAUUAUUGAUAGUUUAGCUCUCAAUUUUCUUAUUUUAUUAUUUUUAUCUUUGAAUUAGUUGCUGAGCACCCAUGUAAAUGUAUUGCAUUGAUAGUCUAAGUGCUACAGAUCAUAUACUGAUAUACUUGGUAUAUUUUUUGGGUGCAGAAAGAAAUAAAAAAAUAAAAAGGGGGAAUUACAGCCUUCUUCUGGAAA